AUGGUGAUGACCAUUACGGUCGGCCAAAAGAGGCUCGAUUACAGCCCCAAGAUGAUCAAUAUGAGGCUCUGCCUGUGGAGGAAGAAUUUGACGACGAAGACUGGAUUCGCCUCGCCGCCCUUUUACCUGGGAACCCCCUUACCCAGGAAGAUCUUGACCUUCUUGGCCGCCGCGAUAUCGACGUCAAUUACGACUGGACACGGCAUCCACCCCAUGGCCAACGAUGUGGAGGUCCUUGGCCCUCACUGGCGUAAUACGCUGAAUCCGCAACAACGACUCGUGUACGACACGUUCAUGGGUCACUUCCAGGCGCAAAAUCCUACUCAAAUCCUUCUCCACGUUGAUGGUGGUGGUGGCACCGGCAAGUCGUUCCUUAUCAAGGUGCUUUCCUCCCAUCUUCAGGCGGCCGCCCUACCGAAUCCUAGCCCUAUUUGCCGCGUAGCGCCAACAGGCGUUGCGAGUAACCAGAUACAGGGCAGCACCAUUCAUUCAUUGCUACGCCUCCCAGUAGGUGGUGUUUUUACCGACCUUCCCCCAGCCGACGCAGCCGCCCUUCAGUCCCGCCUACGGCACGUCAAAUACCUCGUGAUCGAUGAAAAGAGCAUGCUGGGGAUUGAGCAGCUCGCGCGGAUCGAUUCCCGUCUGCGACAGGCCUUUCCACAGCGUAGCUUCGAGUUCUUUGGUGGUAUGAGCGUCUUGCUUGUGGGUGAUUUCUUCCAGUUACCACCAGUCCGGCAAAAGCCCCUGUAUUCGACUAGCACCAGCCUGUCUGCGUUGGAAAGGAGAGGGCAUGUGGCCUACCGGUUAUUUGACCGCACCGUCUUCCUGACCACAGUACAGCGCCAGGCUGGUGAUGAUCAGGCCCAGUUCCGUCAGGCGUUGCAGGAACUGCGUGAAGUCAAGUUAUCCAUACCGUCCUGGAACCUCCUUAGCAGUCGGGUACAGGCCAGGCUAACGCAGAGCGAGGUUGACAGCUUCAGGGCCGCCUUGCGGGUGUAUUCUACAAGGGCGCGGGUGGAGGCAAAGAAUCAGGGCAAGGGCGCGGGGCAGGCACCAAGCGACAAUGCUGGCAAUCUAUCUAACAAGUUCCCUGUUGCUAAGGGCGCCAGGGGUACUGUAUACGAUAUCGCCUGGAACUCAGGCGCCGAGCCAUUGGAAGAUCCCCCGGCCGUUAUUAUGGUGGACUUUGAUAGCUACGACGGACCGCCAUAUCUAACAACUAACGAGGGCAGGAAAAUCUCACCCAUCCUCCCAGUCAGGCGAGACUUCCUUGUGGGCAACGAGACCUGCGCUCGCACGCAGUUUCCCCUGAUGGUGGCGUUUGCCAUCACUGUUCACAAAUGCCAGAGCCUAACGAAGGAUCAAAUAGUUACUGAUCUCGCUACACGCGACUUCCAGGCCGGCAUUAGCUAUGUUGCUGUCUCACGGGUUACGUCGCUGCAAGGCUUACUCCUCGAGGCGCCUUUCGAUCGUCAGAGCCUCUAUAACCACACGCCGACGGAAGGGAUGAAGAUGCGCCUCGCUGACCAACAACGGCGUCAGGCUCAACAGCUGACCGACGCACCAUAUACACCACGCUACCUUGACUAA